CAGGUAAAAGGCAGGAGCUGCAGACAGGGACAGGGAUGGUGUAACAGAGGCAGGGGCUGGUAAAACUGCGGUGAAGAUGUGCUGACAGCUGACAGGCUUUGUUAUUAAGUGGGCCGGGUUGCCAUAGCAACGCUUUGGCAGGAUAUUGCCGAGGAUCAGCCGUAAUGGGUCUCUCGACGCAACUCACUCUGCUCCUGUGGAAGAACUUCACUCUACGGAAGAGACAGAAGUUGCGACUUGUAGUUGAACUCUUAUGGCCACUCUUCCUCUUCGUCAUACUGGUGUGGGUACGCACCACUACCCAGCCGGUUAACGCAGACCAGUGUCAUUACCCGAAUAAGCCUAUGCCAUCAGCCGGAGUGUUGCCAUGGAUACAGGGAAUGGUGUGUAACAUGGAGAAUCCCUGCUUAAACUCCCCAACACCAGGGGAGGCUCCGGGACAGGUCAACAACUUCAACGACUCCAUUAUCUCUGGCAUCCUGAUUGAGCUGCAACAACUUUUAGUGAACAGAUCCGUUCUGAGUAAGGCGAAGUUACUGGCUGAUGACAUGAACCAGUGGAAUUUGCUACUGAUACAAAAUAGUAACAAUGCUCAGCCAGUGAUCCUGCGUACAAUCCUGCGGGAGAAUGAGACUUUUUCCACAUACCUGAGAGACGAUCUGUCUGUUCCACCAGAAGUCAUCCAAAGCCUGCUCAACGCAAAGAUCAAUCCAAAAAUUGACAUCCAAACACCUGAGAAUCUGAAGCUUGUCUUGUGUGAGGGGACUGGUCUAGAUGACUACAUCCAAUUUAGCCGCCCGGACGAGAGAGAAGCCUUUCAGAACGUCAGCUGUUCCCUGUCUCCGCGGCAACUGAUUAACGCACAACAAGCACUGCUGCGAAACCUGGAUCCAACAAAAGUGGUAUCCGAGACACAAUCAGCUCGUCAGGAUCCACUAUCCACUGCUGAACUCUUUCAACAAACCAUAACAAAUGCAGAACCGGUAUUGGAGGCUUUUAGAGAGUUCCAGAAUUCUCCCAGUGUCAAAGCUGCCCGUUCGCUGGAUUUCCGACAGGACAUGUUUGGGAGCAGCAGCAUGCUUUUGUGCGGGACAGAGUCCAACUCCAAUGGGACAGCUAGAUCACGGUCCAGCUAUGCCAGGGCAGGGUUCAGCAUCUUCUCCGUUUUAACCAAUGACACAGGAAACAAUGGUUCAGAUGCAUUUUGUCAGAGGCUGGUUGACACCCUGGAGGGAACACCAGCGCUGCGCUACAUUUGGAGCACCUUUAAGCCGCUCAUACAGGGAAAAAUCCUCUACACACCUGAUACACCCGCUGCUCGGCGCGUGGUGCAAGAAGCAAACAGCACUUUAAACGCCUUGGCCAUGUUAAAAGAACUCGCGGAUUCAUGGGAGGAAGUUGGGCCUCGUGUGUACAACUUUCUUCAAAAUAGCACUCAAGUCAAUGCAUUUCGGAGCUUAUUGAAGAACCGACUGUUUGCUGCACUUGUGGACCAGCGUCUCAGUGGAACCGGAUGGACUGCAGAGUCACUCGCCAAUUUCCUGUACAACGGACCCCCAGAAGACCGCCCCCCUGGCAUGCCACAGUAUGACUGGAGGGACCUGUAUCAAAGUCUCACAGAAAUGUUCAAAACCAUCUCAAAAUUUCUUGGGUGUCUGGACCUGAAUAAGUUUGAGGCGGUGCCAACAGAACGACAGUUGGUCAGCAGAGCGUUGGACCUUCUGGAUAAUGGGACAUAUUGGGCUGGGGUUGUGUUUGAAACCAUUAGCACAAACUCCUCUGAGCUGCCUCUCUACAUGAAGUAUAAGCUCCGGAUGGAUGUUAAUGAGGUGGAGAGGACCGAUAAAAUAAUGUCCAGGUCAUGGUCUCCUGGGGCUCGGGACAACGCCUUUAAUGACCUGCGCUAUAUAUGGGGCGGCUUCUCCUACCUGCAGGACAUGAUAGACCACGGCAUUAUCCGCCUGCACACGGCCACGAACCAGACGCUCGGGGUGUACGCGCAGCAGAUGCCCUACCCCUGCUAUGUGCUGGAUGAAUUCACAGACAGUAUCGCCAACAUCCUCCCCAUGUUCCUUGUGCUGGCCUUCAUUUACACAGUGUGCAUGACCAUCAAAAGCAUCGUACUGGAGAAAGAGCUCCGCCUCAAAGAGGUUCUCCGUGCCAUCGGCGUCCAAAAUGGCGCCCUGUGGGCUGCCAGGAUUACUGAAAGCAUCCUCCUCCUCAGUAUCACCUGUGCACUUAUGACUCUGAUGCUUAAGUAUGGGAAAGUGCUCCAGUACAGUGACCCCUCUGUGAUUUUCGUGUUUCUGCUGGUCUUCUGCCUGGCCACCAUCACAGAGUGUUUCUUGAUUAGCGUCUUCUUCUCCAAAGCGAAUCUAGCUGCAGCGUGUGGAGGCCUCAUAUACUUCCUCCUUUAUUUGCCUCACCUGCUCUGCCAAACCUGGCAAGAUGUCAUGAGCUUCCGCACCAAGAUAGUUGCGAGUCUGUUGUCAUGUGUGGCGUUCGGAUACGGAUGUGAGAACAUCGCGAAAUAUGAAGAACAGGGGAUCGGCAUUCAAUGGAAAAAUAUUGCCACCAGUUCAGAGGAGGGGGGGCGCUAUAGCUUCCUUGUUUCUCUUAUGAUGAUGCUGGUUGACUCACUGAUACACUGGCUGCUCACCUGGUACAUCGAGAACGUAUUUCCAGGACAAUAUGGCAUUCCAAAGCCGUGGUACUUCCCGUUCACCUCUUCUUACUGGUGUGGGGGGAGCACUUUGAUUGACCUCAGUGUAUUCGACAACUCCAUUGAACAAAAUGAGUACCUCGAGAAACCGCCUCCCAAUGUGGAAGCCGGUGUAGCCAUCCGGAAUCUGGUCAAAAUCUACAAGACUGGAAAAAAAGUAGCUGUGGAUGGUCUGAGCGUGGACUUCUACGAAAAUCAGAUCACGUCUUUUCUAGGCCACAAUGGAGCAGGCAAAACCACCACCAUGUCCAUUUUGACAGGACUGUUCCCUCCGACUUCUGGCACUGCGCUCAUCAAUGGCUAUGACAUCCUCUCCGACAUGGACGCUAUCCGGAAAUUUUUAGGAAUGUGCCCCCAACACAAUGUCCUCUUCAACGAGCUAACAGUGGAGGAGCAUAUUUACUUUUACGCACGGCUGAAGGGAUGGAGCAAAGACGAGGUGAAGGUGGAGAUGGAGCAGAUGAUCAAUGAUGUCGGGUUACCGCACAAGAGGAAGGAGCUGGCCAAGAACCUGUCUGGUGGCAUGCAGAGGAAGCUGUCCGUUGCCAUAGCGUUUGUUGGCGGCUCCAAAAUAGUCAUCCUGGACGAGCCGACAGCUGGAGUGGACCCGUAUGCCAGAAGAGGAAUUUGGGAACUACUCCUAAAGUAUAAAAAAGGUCGCACCAUUAUAUUGUCCACACACCACAUGGACGAGGCGGACAUCUUGGGUGAUCGCAUCGCCAUCAUCUCCAAUGGAAAGAUGCGUUGCUGCGGCUCUUCCCUCUUCCUCAAGAAACAGUUUGGGAGCGGCUACUACCUCACUCUGGUCCGAGACGGAACUGAAAAGAUGACCACCCAGCGGACAGGCAUGAUACAGAAUAAAGAGGAGGAGAAGUGUCCUUUGAGAAGUGGCAGUCCAGAUGACGGCAUUGGCAGCCAGAGCUGGAGCAGAGAUGAUCCUUCAGACCUGACAGCAGUAAGUCAGCUGGUGCGGCGCCACGUCCCAGAGGCUGUCUUCUUAGAGAGCAUCGGUCAGGAGAUCACAUACAUCCUGCCCUACGCUGGCGCCCGCAAUGGCACCUUUGCCCUGCUCUUUCGAGAACUGGACUCUGCUCUGGCUGACCUCGGCCUCACCAGCUACGGCAUCUCGGACACGACGCUGGAGGAGAUUUUUCUGAAAGUAGCAGAGGAUACCGGAGUGGAUGCACAAAUACCAACAACCAUAGAGCCGCUGGUACGGGACCGUAAGAAGAGCUUUCAUAAACACAAACGAAACAGCGUGGCCAGUAUUUCCAGUGUAACCCAGAAUGGCAUAACAGAUAUGAAAGAAAAGUUUUCCUAUAGCGUCGAAGACCUCUGGAGGCAGGACGGCGAGGGGGGGCGGGGCACCGUGGUGAUUGGCGGGUGGAGUCUGAUCAGGAGGCAGUUCCUGGCGCUGUUCAUCAAGCGCUUCCACCACGCCCGCAGGAGCCGCAAGGGACUCAUCGCGCAGAUAGUUUUACCUGCUGUAUUCGUCUGCCUGUCUCUGGUCUUCAGUCUCCUCGUGCCUCCGUUCAAAGAAUAUCCAACUCUGGAGCUGCAGCCCUGGAUGUACGGCCCUCAAAACACAUUUUACAGCAACGACGGGCCAGAUAAUGCAGAGGUUUCUCGAGUGGUGGAUACUUUAGUGAAUAACCCUGGCUUUGGUACUCGAUGCAUGUACGGAGACCCAAUCCCGAAGCUGCCAUGUACACCCGCCUCUUCAGAUUGGCUCACCCCAUCCGUGGAUCAGUCGGUCACUGAUAUCUUCCUCAACGGCAACUGGAGCAUGGCUAAUCCGUCCCCCGCGUGUCAGUGCAGCACUCCUAAACGCUCCAUUAUGUUGCCUGACUGUCCGCCGGGAGCAGGGGGGCUUCCUCCGCCUCAGAGAGUCCAGAACACAACAGACACCCUGCAGAAUAUGACUGGCCGAAACAUGACCGAUUUUCUCAUCAAAACCUUUGAAAAACAGGGCAAAAAGAGAUAUGGAGGCAUCUCGGUUGGAGGAGUCAACUCCCAAGCACAGCUGACUGAAGCGGAGAUCGAACACGCCUUCACCGAUCUCAAAGACAUUCUGAGUACACUGCAAGAUAACGUGACUGAUGAGUUCCUGCAGAGGGCGCAGGCUCUCUCCAAGCAGCUCGGGACCAGAGACAACCUCAAGGUGUGGUUCUAUAACCAAGCCUGGCACGGCAUGGCCUCCUUUAUAAACGUUGCCAACAACGCCAUCCUGAGGGGCAACCUGCCAGUGGGACAGGACCCUCUCAGCUACGGCAUCUCUGUGUCCAACCACCCCCUCAACCUGACUAAGGAGCAGCUCAACUUUGUGGUUAUGAUGACCACUGCUAAUGACAUCGUGGUGUCCAUCUGCGUCAUCUUUGCCAUGUCCUUCAUCCCGGCCAGCUUCGUCCUCUUCCUCAUCCAGGAGCGCGUCUCUAAAGCCAAACACCUGCAGUUCGUCAGCGGAGUCAACCCCACCGUGUACUGGCUCGCCAACUUCGUCUGGGACAUGUGUAACUAUGCGAUCCCAUGCUUCAUAGUGAUUGUAAUCUUCCUGUGCUUCCAAACUAAAUCCUAUGUCUCUCCUCCUAACCUGCCUGCAUUAAUCCUGCUGCUCCUUUUGUACGGAUGGGCGAUUACUCCGAUGAUGUACCCCGCGUCCUUCGUCUUCAGCGUCCCGAGCACAGCCUACGUGGUUCUGACUUGCAUCAACCUCUUCAUCGGGGUCAACGGCAGCGUGGCUACUUUUGUCAUGGAGCUUUUAGACAACGCGAAUAUCGCCCGCAUCAAUGACAUCGUGAAGCAGGUGCUCCUCAUAUUCCCACACUUCUGUCUGGGCAGAGGGCUAAUCGACAUGGCCAAGAACCAAGCCAUGGCCACAAUCUACAGUGGAUUUGGAGAGGACCGGUUCCAAGACCCACUGGGCUGGGACAUGGUGGGCAAAAACCUAUGUGCUAUGACUGUCCAGGGAAUCGUCAUGUUUGGCGUCACCAUCCUCAUCCAGUAUAAAUUCUUCUGCAAACCAAGGCUUAUGAAGUGGAAAUCUGUAUCGGAUGAGGAAGAGGAUAUAGAUGUUGCAAAAGAGAGAGAAAGAGUUCACAGUGGAAAAGCGCACAAUGAUCUGUUGAGGAUCUGUGACUUGACCAAGGUGUACCAUGGGAAGAGCACUCCUGCUGUGGAUAGGCUCUGUGUGGGCGUACCUGCUGCUGAGUGUUUCGGGUUGUUGGGAAUCAAUGGAGCCGGCAAAACCACCACAUUCAAGAUGCUGACAGGAGACAUUCCGAUCACCGCUGGCGAGGCUUUCCUAAACGGAUACAGCAUUCGCACGGAGAUGAGAAAUGUCCACCAGAACUUGGGCUACUGUCCGCAGUUUGAUGCUAUUAACGACCUUCUCACUGGACAGGAACAUUUGGAGUUUUACGCCCGCCUCCGAGGGGUACCUGAAAAAGAAGUUGCCAUGGUGGCCGAGUGGGGGAUCCGAAAACUGGGACUGGUCAAAUACGCCAACAAGCCUGCAGGAACAUACAGCGGAGGGAACAAGCGCAAACUGUCCACCGCCAUGGCUUUGAUCGGAUGCCCUCCCGUCAUCUUCCUGGAUGAACCAACUACCGGAAUGGACCCGAAAGCUCGCCGCUUCCUAUGGGACUGCAUCUUGAGUGUUAUUAAGGAGGGCCGCUCAGUCGUCCUCACUUCCCACAGCAUGGAGGAGUGCGAGGCGUUGUGCACCCGUAUGGCCAUCAUGGUAAAUGGACAAUUCAAGUGCCUAGGAAGCAUCCAGCAUCUGAAGAACAGGUUCGGCGAUGGCUACACUCUGAUCGUGCGGGUAGGGGGCGCUUCUCCUGCCCUGACUCCUGUAGAAGUCUUUGUUUCACAGACGUUUCCUGGCAGCGUCCUAAAGGAGAAGCACCAUAACACACUGCAGUACCAGCUUCCACGCACUCCCGGGGCUCUGGCCAACAUCUUCCGCCAGCUGACAGUGCACCAACACAGGCUGGCCAUCGACGACUACUCUGUGUCCCAGACCACGCUGGACCAGGUCUUUGUAAAUUUUGCCCAGCACCAGCACGUAGACACAGCGUACGACAAUAAGGUGGACACUUCAGAUGAGCUCCCAACAGAUGUGAAGACAAAAGAACCAAACAAGUUCAAAAUGCGCAUGUACAACUAGUAUUUAGCAUUUAAGUUGUCAAAGGUUUUUGUUUUAGUUGCUAAAAACUACAACUUUCGGCUACUUGAAUUCUUGUUUACAUGCAACACCAAGCAAAAAAACUACUGAUUGUCUCACUGGAUAAAAUCAGCAAUUUAGUACACUCAGUUACUAAAUACAAACAAGAAACCCAUCCAUUUUGUAACAUCGAUUAAAUAAAUUCAAUUGAUUUUACCAAUAAAUUUUAUUUUUUCUUUAAAAUGUAUACAGUACACAUUUUGAGUAAUACAGGAAAUGAACAGAAUUAUGAAGUUUCUAUAACAAUGGAUUUUCAAGACUGAUUUCAAGACACAAUUUACUGUCGGAGAGUAUCAAAUAUGUUAUUUUGAGUACUGUAGAAGUUCACAGACCGCCAACUAUUCUGUUCAAAAUGCAUUGGUCAUACUGAC